AUGGGCGCAAGUGUUUCGUGGCUGUCGGGGAUGCUAUUUUCGAAGAAAGAGAUCCGGAUAUUGAUUUUGGGACUGGAUAACGCUGGAAAGACUACAUUACUAUAUAGGCUGAAGAUUGGGGAAGUGGUAACUACAAUACCGACUAUUGGUUUCAAUGUGGAAUCAGUGACGUACAAAAAUCUAAAUUUCAAUGUUUGGGAUCUGGGAGGACAGACGUCAAUUAGACCCUAUUGGCGCUGCUACUACGCUAAUACGGCUGCGGUAAUAUUCGUUAUCGAUUCCACAGACAUUGAUCGAUUAGGCACUGCUUCAGAAGAAUUGGCAGCAAUGUUGAAUGAGGACGAGUUGAAAGAUGCUGCGCUACUAGUAUUUGCGAAUAAACAAGAUCAACCGGGAGCGAAAGGUGCUGGUGAGAUUUCCGAGGCUUUAAGACUAGGAGAGUUAAGGGAUAGGAAUUGGAGUAUAGUGGCAUGUAGUGCCGUAGAUGGUAGUGGUGUGGAUGAGGGGAUGGACUGGCUCGUUCAAACUGUACAACAAGAGUCGUAA